AUGCAAGAGGGAGAGACCCUAAAGGUCUACUCGAAUAGGUAUUGGGAGAUGUACAAUGAGAUAGAGGGCAACUAUGAUGAUGUCGCUAUCAGUACCUUUAAAAGCGGCCUCCCAACUGAGCAUGGUUUAAGAAAAUCCCUAACAGGGAAGCCUGUCACCAGCCUAUGCCAACUCAUGGACCAAAUCGUCAAGCAUAAAAGGGUUGAAGAGAACCAGCAGUUGGGUAAGGGUAAAGCAAAGGUUGUCCCUCAAAAGAGGAGGGACUUCAGGUCAGACCUAUUUAACAACAACAACCGACCGAGGAGAGACUACACAGAGCAAUCCAGAUCUGCCGGUGCGCAGGUGGUUCACACUGUGUUCCGGGAUCUGAUACAUCAAGUUAUGGAGAAAAUCAAGAAUGAGCCAUUCUUGAAAUGGCCAAAUAAAAUGGCAGGAGACCCCAUGAAGCGCAACCAAAACCUAUAUUGCCAAUACCACCAAGAACCAGGGCAUACCACAGAGGACUGCCCAAACUUAAAGAACCACUUGGACCAACUAGCCCGAGAGGGAAAAUUAUGUCACUGCCUACAUCACUCCAGUGGCUGA